AUGAGAGAGGUUCUUCCUUCUACUAGCGCCCUCACCUCCUCCUCUCCUCACCUCCUCCUCUCCUCCUCUCCUCACCUCCUACUCUCCUCCUCUCCUCACCUCUUCACCUCCUCAGCUCUGACAGAGCGCCCUCACCUCCUCCUCUCCUCCUCUCCUCACCUCUUCACCUCCUCAGCUCUGACAGAGCGCCCUCACCUCCUCCUCUCCUCCUCUCCUCACCUCUUCACCUCCUCAGCUCUGACAGAGCGCCCUCACCUCCUCCUCUCCUCACCUCCUCCUCUCCUCCUCUCCUCACCUCUUCACCUCCUCAGCUCUGACAGAGCGCCCUCACCUCCUCCUCUCCUCCUCUCCUCACCUCUUCACCUCCUCAGCUCUGACAGAGCGCCCUCACCUCCUCCUCUCCUCCUCUCCUCACCUCUUCACCUCCUCAGCUCUGACAGAGCGCCCUCACCUCCUCCUCUCCUCCUCUCCUCACCUCUUCACCUCCUCAGCUCUGACAGAGCGCCCUCACCUCCUCCUCUCUGGGUGAAGCUUUACUGGUUGAAUAGUUAA